AUGGCAAAGCCGGUCGCGCGCUGGAGGCGCUCCGGGACCCGGGACAAUGUUGGCCUCUCUAGAGGUCCCGACACGAGCCCUCCUCCAGGAUCUUCAUCUCCUUCAGACCAUCAGGCCCCGAACAUGCCGCGGAGCUUCUCUUCCUUCCGUAUGCAAGGGGUGGCGCCAGCCGCUAACGAUUCAGGGGCCUUCCCUUCCCGGGAGGAUGGUCUCCAGCGUGCUCACUGUGGUGCAGCCCCUUCGGGCUUUUCUUCGCAGUCGCCAUCCUCAGUCGGGGUCCCAGGGGAAACACCCAGAUAUACUAUGGGUGGUUCGGAUGGAGCGCGAGGCAAUUUUGCACCUCCAGUCAGCCCGGGGCCUGCAGGGAGUGACCCUCAGUCAGCUACUGCUCUUCUGUUCGGAAAUAGGGGACUUGAGGCUUUCAACAAACUCACACUCGACGACGAGUACAUCCUGCACUUUUACGGAGUCCGACAGACGUUUAUGAAGCCCGCGGUUCAGGAACAUUGCGAGAGGGCUCCGGGGGGAGAUAGCAAUGGAGGAUUUCAGCACACUGUUGUGUGGAAUGUCAGGGGCCGCGAAUUCCGUGCUUCCGGUGUCGGCCGGUCUAAAAAGGACGCAAAGAAAGAGGCAGUUAAAGUCCUCCUCGUUCAGCUGGGGCCUGUAACACCACACGAAUAUGAGCAAGUCACUCGCGUUAUUUUCAACACCCUUAGAGGAAAGCUAAAUGCGAAGCAGAGGGCGAUUCCUGUCUCCAGAAUGAAACACAGCUUCGAAUGGAACUUUCUACUUGAUGGGGAGACCACUGUCGUGGAGUCUACAGGGAAUGGCUCUUUCCCGGUUGAGGCGGAGAUCGCUGCUAUGCAAGACAUGUACAUAAAAGUCCAAGAGGUGUGUGCUUUUUACCGCUCACAGUUGAAAGACAAAGGUCUGAUGCGUCGUGCGGCUUUGAACGCCGAGGCGUCGAGGAACAGAAAGCAGCAGCCACAAGAACAUCGGAGUCAGAUCACGAGGCCGUCGCAGCUCUCCAAGCACACAGCAGGGGAAAUAAACAUGCUGCACAAUACCGUCACGUCUCAGAACCAAAUCAAAGCCACGGAAACCAUCACAGAGGUGCCGGAAGGCCACCGAUGUGCUCUGGAGUGGAAGUGGAAAUCUGUCGAGGGACGCAUGCACUCUCACGUUAUCGUUGCCGUUGGCUCCACUAAGGCGGGAGCCCGAGCUCAAGCAGCCAUGCAGAUGAUGCAAGCGGCUGGCUUCAUAGAGCAUGUCGAGGACAAAGACAGGCAGGCAGCCCUCAUGGUUGUUAACCAGGUGGAGAGCAAAAAGGAUCCGUCAGUGUACGUGGAGAGUGCUUGCCGCCUCAUAGCCGAGACGAGAGGAGCGGUCUGGCGUAUUUUUCUUCCCGUUGUCUGGCGAGCGGCAAUGGCUGAAGGCAACCGUUCGCUCGUGAAUUCUCUCAUCGAUCAGCUCAAGUUGCAGGCUGCCCCACGCCCCGCCACAGCAGAACAGGCUCGGGGGGAAGGGCAAAGUAGCCCCGAGUCGCAAGAGACUGUCAAGGCGACAUACGACGCACCAAAGGUGAUGCCUCCAGAUCUUUGGGAACAACUCCUUGACGAGUGUACCGUCCUCACCAACUGCGAGUUUGGCCAGCAUUGCACAGACGAUUUGCUAGCUUUGGAGGGUCUUUUGGAGGGUCUUCGUGGAUAUUUGCUGGUUUUUGCCACUUAUAAACAUGACCUGGACGAGGAUUGUGAAGAGCGCAUGUUCCUCAGGAGUGUACAGUUUCGAGAGGAUGACAUCGUUCUCCUGAGGCCCUGUGACUCACAGGCGUUUACCGAAGGAGAGUCAUGGCAAAGGUGCUUUGUAGGCGUGGUGACUAGUGUAAAAGGCGAUUUUUCAGAGUCGUUGAACGUGAACGUUCGCGUCGCCACGGCUGAAGUCAAGAAGUAUCCUGAGGUUUUCAGAGGGCCGGUGCCACAGCUGAGCGACACAGAUCCAGAACAAUACAACCCGCUACACCAGCUGGACGAAUUGGCCGAUGGUGACUCCUGCAAGAAGCAACGCGUGCAGCCAUCGCUUUUACAGCAAGUCUCUCUUCAGGCGCGGAGACAAACUUCUUUCUCGAGCCGAAGUGCUGCGGACGAAGGCUAUGAUAUGUUGGGGGAUGGGUUUCGCCUCCCGACGGAUUUGCCGCUUAGCGAGGCCCAGCGCCAGGCAACGAUUAGCGCGAUGACGAAUCGCCUGACUCUUGUUCAGGGUCCCCCGGGUACGGGAAAAACGCAUGUGGCUUGCGCCAUCAUUGACGCGUGGCAGCGCAUCAAUCCGACAAAGAAGAUCCUUGCCGUCGCAGACUCUAAUGUUGCAGCGGACAACCUUAUGGAGGGACUUAGCAAUCGAGGCAUUCGCAGCGUCCGUGUAGGUAGCGGGAGUGAAUCGGACUUGAAGGAGGAAUCGAUUCAAGACCUUGCUCGAUAUCGUGACCUUCUACGAAUACGAGAUAAGAAUUCUGGGGAGGCGCGGAGUUUGCGCAUGCUCCUGGUUCGAGAAGCCGUUCGCAAGUACAAUGUGAUUAUUGCUACCUGUGUGGGCAGUGGACACGAGAUGUUCGACGACGUUACUUUCGAACGGGUCAUUAUUGAUGAAUGCGCUCAGUCCAUUGAACCGUCCAACCUGAUCCCCCUAGGUCACGGUUGCCGUUCGGUGGUCCUCAUCGGCGAUCACAAACAACUCCCACCAACAAUCGUAUCACGGGAAGCUAGCGACGGCGGGUCAGAUAUCACGUCACAGAAGAGGCACAUAGAUGAGUUUGCAUGGUUUUUACCAGCCAUUGAGGAACUUCUGUGUCUAAGUGUGUCUCUGGAUGACGUCGAUGACAGAAACCGGCCUCCAGUUGCAGGUUUUCUGUGGCCAUCCCAGCAUAGCCGUGUCUGCCUUAUUGACAUCUCCGCUGGGCUCGCUAACAUGGAGCAGUCAUUGGGGACUUCGAAGUACAGUCUUGUGGAGAUCGAUCCGAUAUUGGCAAUAUUGCGGUCGGUACUGCAGUGCGGGACAAUUCGUCCUAGCGAGAUCGGCAUUCUAACCCCGUACGAUGCGCAGAAGGCCCGGAUUCGUUUUGCUUUGAACGACUCUUUCGAUAAGGCUUUGUGCUACCAGAUUGACGUCGACUCGGUGGAUGGGUUCCAGGGCAAAGAAAAGGAUCUAAUUAUCUUCAGUGCUGUUCGUUCCAACCCACGAGGGGAAAUUGGGUUCUUAAAAGAUGCCCGCCGGUUGAAUGUUAUGCUAACGCGUGCUAGGCGGGGGCUCCUUGUGGUCGGAGACCAGUUGUCUCUUUGGGCGGACACGGUGAACUGGAGACCAUGGAUUUCUUGGGUUGGAAGCCAGAGGUCUAUUGUUCCUAUCUCUCGCCUGAACGACUACCUGGAGAUGCCCAACUACAACUAUAACCCUGUUGGUUCAGGAACUGCUCGUAUAGGUGUAAAUGUGGCUGGCACUGGGGGUGUCACUGCAACCAACACAGGUGGAGGGGCCAUAAAGACGGGCUACAUGCCGCAAGGUUUUCAAGCUGAUUUCGGGGGAGGCGGUGUGGGCGCAAGGGGAGAGGGAGGGCGCGAAGCUCCACCCGAACCAAUGCAUCCGGCUUACCCACGCUGCCGGCUUGGCGCAGGUUCUGGACCUCAUGGUUAUCACGAGCUCCGUUCUUGCGACAGCAGCUGA